CGUUUUGACAUUCGCUUGAAGGUUAUGUCCGGUGGGAAUGUUUUGGUGGACGAAUUUCUUUGUGGCUAAGUUUUUAGUGAAAUUUCUCGAUUUAAGGUACGCAGCACGGCUUGGAGCUUAAUUUCGACUAAUUCUAAUUAAAGCUGACAAUUCUUUUACCAGCAUGCUCCGCCAGCCCAUCUCAACCACGCCCCGUCUUCCAGCUGCCAUUACUCUAAUACGUCACAUUGGCAGCGACAAUUUCAAUAAGUCUCCCCGUCUUCAAGAACAACUUGAAGCUGCCAAGAAACGUUUAAAAUGGCGAAGUGAACCUGGCGAGAAACCAGGCGCUUGGAUGAGUAAAUUCAAACUUUUUGGUAACGACAAUCAAACUUCCGAUCUCAUUUCUCUGAUGCAGCAACCUAUUGAUCUGUCGCCCGGAGCUUUAUCUAAAUGGUGGCAAAAACGAAAUGAACGUCUUGAGCGUCAUAUGCAAAUGUAUCUACCCGAACGUCAUCAAAUCCUUGGAAGCGAUCUGGCAUCCGCUCACUUUAUUUUAUUCCGAGGUGGAAGUGUGAAGUUUUUAAAUCAAAAAAAUUGGAUUCAAGCUGAUGAGAAUCGUGAGUUCAACUUACCAGACAGAUUCGAUCCGAGAUAUAAAUUAGAAGCAAUAAAGUGCGAUAACAUGACAUUGUACUACGAAGGACUAGAGAAUUUGCGUCGCUUGCAAAAUCUGAAAUUUUUAUCAUUUCGAAAUGUAAAAACGUUUGACGAUUGGUGUUUAGAUCGUGUGUCAGGUGCGGAAAAUCCGAAGCUGGAAGUAUUGGACAUAUCAGGAACAGGAAUAACCUAUCGCGGUCUUAGUGCUCUUUACCGACUUGAGAAUUUAAAGGUGCUUGUUGUUGAUGACCCAAAAGUUUCAAAGGAAUUUGAACUAAGUUGUGCUAUGCUUGAAGAGUUCAGGCCGAAAUUACAAAUUAAGGCAGCUAGUGAAAUCCACGAUGAUUAAGAAGGGUUUGUUGGGUAAACAUCCGAAAUUGUUUAUAAGCUACUUUUAAUAUUUGUACAUAAAUAUGAAAUUAUUUAUUUAUGCUGUUAGAAUUGCAAUAUUAAAUAAAUGCAAUAAGUAUUCAAGAA